CCGCCGCGGAUGCUGCCAUAGAAACCCAGAAAGCGACAUGGCUGCCGCCGGCCUGGGAGGAAGGCUUUUGACACUGCCGGCGGCAGCCCUACCCAAGUCACCGUCACUUUCGCUACAGGCAGCAGCUCCCAUCCGAGGGAAGCCUAAGAAAUAUCUGGUCUAUCCGCAUCCACCGAAGAGCUCCCGCCUGUCCCCGUCGGUUCUGCGCUGGCUCCAGGGCCUGGAUCUCACCUUCUUUCCUAGGAACGUCAACAGGGAUUUUUCAAAUGGCUUCCUGAUUGCAGAAAUAUUCACUAUAUAUUACCCCAGGGACCUUAAAUUUUCAUCCUUUGAAAAUGGAACUUCUUUGAAAGUCAAGUUGGAUAACUGGGCACAGUUGGAGAAGUUCCUGGCAAGAAAAAGACUUAAAUUACCUAAAGAGCUAAUCCAUGGAACAAUUCAUUGCAAAGCUGGAGUACCUGAAAUACUAAUACAAGAGGUUUAUACUUUGCUAACGCAUCGAGAAAUUAAAAGUAUCCAGGAUGACCUCGUGAAUUUCACAGACUACAGUUACCAGAUGCGUCUGCCCCUGGUUCCUAGCUCCACAGCUUCCAAGUCGAUUAAAGAUAACAUUAGGUCAUCAGAGAUAAAAAGCAAUCCCAACACGCUCAGCAAUGAACUUAAAGUAGAAUUCCUCUUCCUUUUACAAAUGUUGCAAAGAAAAUUAAGGAGAAAAUUGAAUCCCCAAUGGUUUGAGGUCAAACCAACAGUGGGAGAACUUACUCUUGACCACCUUCCGACCCAUGGCUCUCGGUGCAAAUAUAAUUCCAUGAUUUCAAGGGACAGAGGUGCUCCUGUUUUACUUUCACCUUCAGAUUCUGGGAACACAUCCUCGCCUUCAACCUGCCUCAACCUUCUUCCAACACUGACGCCUGCAGGGAGAGCUCCAGCAGAAACAUUUCAGGGUCCCAAAUGAGUUUUUAGAAAAAUAAUGCUCUCAUUUCGGAUCACAACUCCAAGGAAAUACAGGUACUGUUGGCAAUCCACCUAGAAGAAUUCAUGUCAAACAAGCUGGAAGAUAUUCUUUUGAAUCUGCUAUGAACCCUAUCACAAACAC